AUGGGUGCAACGAAGAAGGAAUGGAGCCGAGAGGAAGUCGCAGUCCGCGUUCUUGCUGGUGAAACACUGGUUGUUUACCAUAACCAGUUGCUGCGCAUUCCCCAAGCUUGGUUAAAUGCCCAUCCAGGUGGUUCCCUCGCAAUUCUUCAUUUCGUAGGACGCGAUGCCACCGACGAGAUAGACGCGUAUCACUGUGACCAGACUCUUGCAAAAAUAAAGUCGUACGUCAUUGGCACAGUCGAAACCUCGGGCGGCAUUUGGGAACCUCUUGUACCCCCAAUCAUGACAGGUUGGGUUCGGAAAUUGUCUCAUGAUGGCAAAGCCGCAUGGCACAAUGAAGCCACUCCACUACCACCUUCCAAUCUCUCCUCCGAGAUUCUCCUCGUCGAACGUGACUCUUGCCUCCUUGAAACUUCAGGUCCCACUUUAUCUCAUUUGGUUCCCCCUGCAACAAGACUUUCCUUGAAAGACCAAGCUCGUCAUUCUGCUGCUUACAAGGCGUUGCAUAAUCGCAUCAUCGACGCCGGUCUUUAUAACACGCGUUACAUCACUGGUUAUGGCCCUGAGAUUGCGCGCUAUCUUCUCCUCGCUGCGUCAUCCGCAGUAGCUUACUCCCAUGACUGGCUCAUAAUAAGUGCUGUGUGCCUCGGCCUUCUAUGGCACCAGCUCGUAUUCACCGUCCACGAUUUAGGACACAUGGGUGUCACUCAUGAUUGGACCAAAGAUCGCCUCAUUGCCAUCUUAUUAGCUGAUUUCAUCGGUGGUUUGAGUGUCGGUUGGUGGGUUGACAAUCACAACGUGCAUCAUUUGGUUACAAAUCACCCUUCGCAUGAUCCUGAUAUCGCGCAUCUACCAUUCCUCGCAGUCUCAACGACGUUUUUCAAAUCGUUGUGGUCGUCGUACUACAAGCGAACCAUGGUCUUCAAUCGAGUUUCUGCUUUCUUGAUUUCUUUACAACACAAGCUAUUCUACAUAUUGCUUGCUUUUGGCCGCUUCAAUCUAUAUGCCAAUGCAUAUGGAUUCUUGUGGCGCAAAGCCUUCGAUCAUCGAAGAGCAAGGGGUGGCCGGUGGUCCUGGUGGCUCGAAGUCAUCGGCGUCCUCUUCUUCUGGUUCUGGUAUGGAGCAGUCCUGAAGGGAUGUGGAUCAUGGAGCAGAGCCAUUACAUAUUUUAUGAUCUCGCAUGUCGUCACAAGUCCUCUUCAUGUCCAGGCACGUGACUAUCUCGGUAUCGUUUUAUCACAUUUCUCCAUGUCUACGGAGGAUUUGGGGCCGGUGGAAUCGUUCCCGCACCGCCAACUUCGAACUACAACAGACGUCAUAUGUCCUCCUCACCUUUCAUUCAUACAUGGCGGAUUGCAUCUCCAGGUGACUCAUCACCUCUUCCCGCGUCUUCCACGACACAACUUGCGUGAGGCUAGUGUCCUGGUGAAGGAAUUCGCCAAGGAACAAGACCUCGUGUAUGCCGAAUUUGGAUUCAUUAGCGGUAAUGGAGAAGUGCUAGACGUGCUCAAAGGUGUGGCGGAUCAAGCAAAGAUCGUGGGUAUGGUCGCCGAUCACGAGAUUCGGGAGGCGAUAGAGCAAAAAGUGCGAUAA